AUGCUCCUGGUUUUCAUCGAUAUAUUCUCCAAGUGGGUAGAACUCAUCCCGUUGAAGAAGGCCAUUGCCGCCCAACUGGAGUUCGGAUUCCGAGAAAGGAUCCGCUCUCGCUUUGGAGCCCCCAGGAGGUUGAUUUGCGACAACGGCACGCAAUUCCAAAGCCAAAGCUUCCGGGCGUUAUUCAACUGGAAUACAGCGUUCCGUACUCCCCCCCAGCAAAAUCCGAAGGAGCGCGCCAACCGUACUAUCAAGACAAUAAUAGCACAAUAUGUGAAUCAGGAUCAUCGGACAAGGGGCCAACUAGUGCCCGAGAUCUCCCUCGGCAUAAACACCAGCAUCUCAGAUAGCACAAGGUUUAGUCCGGCCUAUCUAGUACAAGGUCGGGAGCAUAGGUUGCCAGGCUUCAGGAAGCGUUCCGCACCGCCCUGGAACCAACCAAAUAGCUUCUCAGGAACAAAGUCAACACUACAACCUGAGGCGACGUUUAAGGUGGUGAAAUUUCUAUCAUCGAAUAUCGUGCGUCUACAGCAGGUAGACGGCCGGAAGAGGCGUACAGCUGGCAUAGGCGAUCUGAAGGAAUAUCAUCCGCGCGAAGAACAAUACGACGACUCUAUAGAAGACCCCAGAAGGAGCGAUUCUCAACCCACACUUGAUAACGAACCCGAUACAACUCUACCAGGGUAG